CAGAAGUGUUGUUCUGCUGUCUUUUGUUUAGCGUUGUUUGGGUUUGGGCUGUCAUAACCAAAAAAUAUUUGUAGCGGCUUUUCGAUGUUAUUAUUUUCCUCAACGAUGGAAUAGAUUCUCAAACAUAGCUGAAGACUUUGUCUUGGAGAUAAGUUGAUAGCUUUAAAUCGCCUGUGGAAAUGGCCGUCGAGCCUCUGUACAACGCACUCAGUGCCAUCAAGACACUGAGAUCGAAUGUAGCUGUCGCGUUUGAAUCUUUGGGAAAUGGAAUCCGUUCGGACCAUGGUGAGGAUGGGAAAGAAACGAAAUUUCUCCUCGAACUCCAAGAUCAACUCACCGUCGUUAACAACAACCUGAGGGACGUAGAGCAGUCUAUUGGAAAUCUACAACCUCCACACAACCCUUUCAGUCUAGGUAACUCUGGCUACCUAAGUCACGAAUACUCACAUGAUCGCCAGGCACUGUACAGCCAACUGGUUCUCAGUUAUAAAUGGACAGAUAAGGUACACGAGUACUGCAAUCUAGCACAUGCCCAGUUAUCGCAGAACUCAUUGACUAGAUCGUACACCAAUACAGCAUCUGCUAAGAGAAGAAGAGUGCAAACCAGUAGUCACAAUGUCCCCCCACAUGCUGUGGAUAAGGUGAUAACACAGAUUGAUCGUCUUCUGCCAGAAAUGAGUGUUAGCAUUACCCGACCAUUUGCUACCAAUGUGGUGCUGCAUGUGUCUGUUGGAAGAGUACUUAGAGCAAUAAUAGCUUUUAAAGGUCUUUUAAUUGAAUGGAUUAUAGUCAAAGGUUUCAUGGAGUCAUUGGACUUAUGGACAGAGUCUCGCUUUAAAGUCUUCCGCAAAGUAACUGAAAAUGCUCAUGCCGCUGUCAUGCGCUUCUACAUGCCCCCAAUGCCAGAGGUUUCUGUGAAAAGCUUCAUGACAUGGCUCCAUAGUUUCAACACUCUUUUCAGUGAUACUUGUAAAGGAUGCGGCUUACAUCUUCGUAAUGCAAUGCCCCCUACAUGGAGAGAAUUUCGUACGCUAGAACCCUACCAUGAAGAGUGUAAACCUUAAGUUUUACAAUAUUUUUGUUAUUCAAAUCCUUUUACUAUUGGUUGUCUUUUUCCAAGGAUUGAAAGUAAGCAAUCAUUGUUAUCAUUCAAAAAAAGGCAAAUGAACUCACUGCACUGUUUGUUAUUAGUGUUUACUGGUUGGGGAAAAUAAUAGUUUGGAUGUAUAUAUAAAUGUUUUAUUUAAUUGAU